UGGUGAAAUAAAGAAUAAAUAUCAAAUAGAUUAUCCAUCUGGAAGUUGGGAGUUUUCAGAAGUGUCACUUAGGACAACUUUUUAUUUGCUUCUGAUUAUCUGAGGUUAUGGAUUUCAUUGCCAAAUUUGACCUAAAAAUGCUAAUAAAAUAUUGAAACUCAAGAAUGUCCCCUGAAAGGAUAGGAUCACAAGAUGAUCAGGCAGCUACGCCCAAAAUGUCAGUGCCUGCUAGCCCAGUUGCUGGAACACCUGCUUGCGAAGCACAAAAUCCAAUUUCUCUUCUGUUAGCUGUUGCUCAGGCCCAAAGUAACACGAGAAGUCCUGAUGAUGAUUUGACCAGUUUGUCUUGGUUGCAUGAAAAAGAUUUACUAAAAGGAAUGAACAUAAAUCCCUCACCGUCGAACAGCACAAAUUCAACUCCGAAACAGCAGUAUUUUGCCUUGACUCAAAUGCUUCCGGAUCAGUCUCCCACUAGUGAUUACAUCGAAGAUUCUUCCAUAUCACCCGGGGAUUCUUCGAAUAGUUCCUUGAAUUCCAGUUUUCCCGCAUGUCAAAAUUACCAGAACAGCCAACAAAAAAACAAACAUCCUCACAAUGUACCAUACGACCCUAUGGUUCACGUAAAUAACAAACCACCGUAUUCUUUUUCCUGCCUCAUAUUCAUGGCUAUCGAAGAAUCACCGCAGAAGGCUCUUCCAGUGAAAGAAAUUUAUUCUUGGAUCUUGAGCCAUUUUCCGUAUUUCCAAAAUGCUCCUACUGGUUGGAAGAACAGUGUCCGGCACAAUCUGUCCCUGAAUAAGUGUUUCCAGAAGGUCGAAAAAGCUCCGAACUUAGGCAAAGGAUCGCUCUGGACAGUGGACCCCCAGUACAAGCCCAAUUUAAUUCAGGCUCUAACGCGCUCCCCAUUUCACCCAUGUUCCAAUUUGGACACUUCCUCUUACUUGAACAAUUUGAAAACAAAGGUCGAAAAAGUAGAAAAAAAAUCCCCUCAAUCCAUAUCUCGUCUUCCAGAUCCUCAGUUAUUCCCCUAUUUAUCCAAAACGCUGGCCUCGGUCGAAAUGGGUACACCGGUCAAGACCGAGUUUUCAGAAGAUUCUUUGGAUGCAGUAGACGCCGCCACUGUAAUGUUGAGUUUGAAGAAUGGACCCACGAUGAGGCAAAAAAAGAAGAGUGUUUGUCAGGUUGUUACUACUCUACCUAGUCAAGAUCAUACUUAUAGCGCAGCCAAUUCUUCGAUGUCUGUUGAGAAGGAAGAGCCUUUUGAUUGUGACAACUCGAGACCAAAGAAGUCCUCGUCUUGUAGGAAAAUUGAUUUCAAAGACGACGAAGAAGAAAAAAAAAUCAAAGGAGCAGAGAUACUGUUGCAUUUUGCUGGAGUUUCUAGAACACGGCCGACUUACGAACCUUCAAGAAAAAAAAUGAGAGCUUUGACUUUCGACUCCGAAGAAAAUGAUGAGAAACAGGUUCCCUUCAAACCAAGAUUGUUGAGGACAAAGAGAAAAGAGAUCAAACAAAAAUAUAUUAAUAACAACAAUAACAACGAGUGGGUGAAACAUAGGAAAGAACUUGAAACGAGUUCUAGUGAAAGGUAAUGACAACAUUACGUAGCAGAUUUGUUUUAGUUAUAUUUUUUAGAGAGAAUAGUUGAUUUUCAGUUGAAUUCUCAAAUGCAUAUUUUAUCAGAAGGUUUUAUAAGGUUUACUCAAGAACAAACUAAUACUUUGUGAGGUGAUAUAUUGACAAGAGAAUGGAGAAAGAAUUGUUUGGUAAGUUGAUGAAAUUUUCAAGAACAGGUACAGUUAGUACCUUUUAAAAUGCAUUUUCUCCAUUCUGAAUAUAUUUGACCAAAUAUUUAUUGAGAUCCUUACCAUCUCAAGUGAGGAUUUUUCUGUGAGAAGGAUAAAUGAAUGAUGAUUGAAUGAAUAAUUUUGCAGAUUGAGCAGAUAUAAACAUAAAGCAAAAAUUAAUAAAAAAUAAAUGAAACUAUGCACAAUUAAUUUCAUAGAUUCAGCAGAAAUAAUAAA